AUGAGAACUCUUAUAGAGAGACAUGGCCAAGCUGUAGCAGACAAAUACACAGUCAAACAUAGAGAGUGGCACCAGUAUGAUGAUGUCAUCCAUGUUGAUCCGAAUAAAUCUGCUGUAAAGAAAGGCAGAGACCAAGCUGGCCUGGAAAUGCUAAGGCUAAUCUUUGACCUUCUUAAAACUUGGAAUGAGCAAAAUGUGGACAACUUCUUUGUCCUGCUAGACCAGUUCUUCUAUGCAUACAGCCAUCCUAUUCUUCAUGAUGGCAGGGAAAGACCAUGGGGAAUACCGUAUGGUCCAGAUCAGGUGAAAAGCCUGCUUAAAGGUUUUCUGGAGGAAAACAUCAUUCCCAAAUCUAGAAAGAAAAAAACAGAAUUCCUUUUACCACCUCUCAAUUCAGGAAUUAUUGGUUUGCUUGUUUACCACAAUGUUGCAGAUGCCAUUGAGAUGCUUUGCAACAAUGCUCGUCAAUUCCACAUUGAGAAGUGGGUCUUGCUCAUCCCUCUGAUUCACCUACUGAGAGGAGAAAGCAAGCCAUUUGAGCCAGUUCCACCUGUCUUGAAUCCAGAAAUUGACUCCUGGACUGGCUUGUGGAGGAGCAAGGGAAUGGAUAUCCACAGAGAUGAAAGGAGUCUGAUCAGAAUCAUGAAAGACCAUGCAUACCUGGUGGACAUUGAUCGUCUUCUUGUGCACUCUUGGAUGUCCCUGCUGAGUUUGGAGGAUAUAAUGAGCUUCAUAUCCUGUGUGCCAGUGGAGCUCCUCGACAUUCUUCAUUACACGCAAUUCAAUGCAUACGACUGCACUGAUUCCAAGGUAUGGAACAAGUUACUCUCACUAUCCUUCAGUCAUGAGCAACAUACUUCAUUCUGGAGAACCAGCUUCACAGAGGAUUUUGAAAGAAAAUUAAAAUGGGAAAAAACAAUGAAUCAAGUUGGAAUCUACUCUAACGAGAUGGAAAAACUGAGGAAGACAAGUCCACUGCUAUGCAACUCAAUGGAGAAAUGUGCUUUGGAGGCGAUUGAGACUAUUUGUCAGGAUAAAUCUGGCAAUGCAUUUUCAACUCUACUGGAGAAACAUGAUAUCACAAAGUUUGGGAAGCUGAUGUCUGUUGUUUUGCUGAAGUCAUGGCCCACAGAUGCCAAUGGAGAGUACAUUGAAGGAGAGGAGUUGAUAUUUGAGAACUUGUUAAAGUGUCCCAUUACCAAAACUGUCUUGCGAAGAGCAGGUGCAAGACAUGGACUGAUUGACAAAUUGUCAGAUGAAGCUGAACACAGGAUAUCUUUGGCGAGUUCAGCAUUCAGAUCUGUGUCAAAGAAAUUCCUCAGUGGAGAAAUCCAAAUGAAGACGUUAAAACAAAUAUUUCAGAAAGAACAAGAAUUUGUUGAUUUGCUGAAGAUAGAUGGCCUUUGUGAUGAUGGUCGUUGUAAAGAUGACAGAAGCAUGAGACGAUUACUGAAACAAAGAAAAGAGGAAGCCGAAGCUGUCCACAAUGAGAAGAAGCUGGUCAAAAGUCUUCUACAAAUCUGCAAGGAGCUUCCACAACAUGUCAAAGUUGACUUCAAGGGGUUGGACACAAAACUUCGCCAGAACAUUGAGACGAUGAAUCUGAAUGAAUUUAUGAAGGUUUUCACUCUUGAUGGACAGACCCCUAGUACAAUCGGGCAGGUUACUUAUUUCAACCUUUGUGAUGUCAGCCGACAAAUGGCUUCAGAACUACAGGCCAUUAAAGACAGUUCAAUCUUCAAAAUGUGCUGGAUGAAUCAAGUGGAAGAGCUGUCAAGAGACCAACCUGAUACAGAUGAUAUUGAUGAAGAAAUCUACACUCUCAACCUGGUGUACAGCAAAAUAUUUCAGGGUUGCUACAGCAGGUACAAAGAGCUCUAUGAAGGUCUGAUGAGUGGGGAAUUGUUACUGGAGCAUAUAGACAAAAUCUUGGAGUACCAUGAAGGAAGUUAUGAAGACUUGCGAAAAGAUUUAGACAUCAUGUGCAGAAUAAAUUCAUCUGAUGACAGAAGAUGGAUCAGUGAAAGAAUUGAACACAUUCAACAGUACCGGGAUCUUCAUCUUGCAAUGGAUUCUGCCAAAAUCAUCAUGGAUAUCAGGACUACGAUAUGUCCAAAAGGAGACUUCAAAGUACUAGAGAAAUUGCUGCAAGUGAAUCAAGCUGACUUCAAGAAAAACAGCCUGAAUUCCAUAGAUGAUAACUUCAUAAACACCAAACAGAUUCUGAAGGACAUUACAGAUAAUCACAAGGAAUGUCUUCAGGCACUUAGUCUGACAUCAGAGUUGGUCCAGUGGGUUAAAAAAGUACUUACAGAUAUCAGUGAGCUGAAAGUUUUUGUUGACCUGGCAUCCAUCUCUGCUGGAGAAAAUGACCUGGAUGUGGAUCGAGUGGCCUGUUUUCAUGACGCUGUCCUUGGUUACUCAUCCAUGUUGUAUGGACUGAAGGAGGACUCUGAUUUUGAGGCCUUCAAGGGAUCCUUGUCAAAAUUGUGGAAAGCACUUGAAAAUGACCCAGGAAUACCAAAGAAGCUGUGGGAUACAGCACGGCAUCUGGCCUGGUUAAAAACUGUUAAGGAAAGCCAUGGAUCUGUUGAAUUUUCAUCCCUGUCUCUGGCUACAUCCAUCAAUGAGAGAGGAAUAUACAUAAUCAAGGCCCAGAACAAGCAAAAGCUAACUUUAGAGACUUCACUGAUGCUGCAAAUUCAGGACGAACAUGAAAAAAACAGGACAUGCACCUACGAUGACCUGAAAGAAUUGCAGAACAAGCUCAUGCUAAUGUCUGGAAGAGGGGAACAUAAUCCAAGUGAGGUGGAUUGCUUUGCUGAGGUGUUCGACAAUGUCCAGAGGCUUGCAAAAGCCUUUGUAGACCUUUAUGCUGCAGGAAACCCACUCUUCAGAUUUUGGGAAGCCAAGAUUUUUUGCAAAACUCAGACCGGCCCAUGUAUCAUUAUGGAAAUCAACUUUUGCAAGACACUUCAUCACAUCGAAGUAUGUGGAAGUCUGGUUGAACAACUUGCAGCUCUGUCCAAGAAGAUGGAGUUGUUUCUUGAUGACUGGCAGAACUUUGUGAACCAACAGAGAUGUGAUCACUACUACUUAAACCACUUCACAGCAGAACAAAUAUUCUACCUGUGCAGUAUUGUGACUCCAACAAAUGUGAAUGCAGUGAUAGAGGACAAAGCUUUGAUGAUGCUGUCUUUCAUCAAACCGAACUGCACAUCGUUAGAUGUCUGGAGUGCAUGGAGAAGAUUUCAGAACCGAUUUGAGCCUGGUAAAAGGAGCAAUGAAGAUAGUCUGUUUCACAGUCGCUUUUUCCACCAGGAUGAUAUGGAUACAUCUCCAGCCGAUGUGAGUCAUGUUACAGCUGAAGAUCCAGCAGAAAAGGCAGACCAUGCUGUUGGUUUGAAAGAACUGGAAGAGUUGUGGAAUGCCUACGUGAAGAAUGAAGACAUACUUUUCCAUGAUCUUUUGGACAUUAGGAGUUUAGGGGGUCUGUUAAAAGUGAUGACUGACACAGAAAAUGAAUGGGAGGAACCAGUGCUCUCAGACACAAAAUACAUUUCGCUCAGAACAUUCCCAAAAGGCCUUGUCUCAAACCAACCUAAUCUAAUAAUCUGCCCACAUGAUGAGAUUCUGACUUCAAGUAUCUGCCUAUACAUGACCAAUGAUUAUGAGCCACUGCCGAGUUAUGAUGAGGUUCUCUUGUGUACUCCCUCAACAUCAUAUGAGCAAGUAGAGCUUUUCCUAAGGAGAUGUCUCACACCAGGUGACUUUGGCCAGAAGAUUUACACAAUGCUCCGAGCAGACCAACUGAGCUAUGAUGUCAGCUGUGCAAUGGAGAAAUGUUUUCAGAAACUGCAGUCUCUGUUUAAACAUGAAUACAAACUAGUGAUCUACUGCAGCUCUGAGAGGGAGCACACUUACAUUCCUACUGCAUUCAGUCAGUUCAAGAGAGACUUUGUGCCAAACGAGCCACUGGAAAGGAUCCAGAGGUACUUGUCCCAACAUUACACUGUCCCCUCAGAUCACAAGAAUGCUGUGUUCAAAGGUGGCCAUACUGUUGGCAUUGUUUCUUCUGGACGUGCAGGAGUUGGCAAGUCACUGUUUGUCCAAAGAUUGUAUGAAAAGCUGGAGGAAAAUGUUGAACAAGGAACUGCUUUCAAGAAGUGCAUCCGCCUACCUGAACAUGAGAUCAAUGACCACAAGGUUCUACAGUCUUUGUAUGACUCACCAAAACAGAAAGAUUUCAAGAUGUUUCACUUUGAUGUCACAUCCUCGGUGCAAAAGGGCUUGAAUGAAUUCCUAUUCAAGCUUUUGUUUUUGCGUUACCUGAUGGAUUCUGAUGGAUGGAUGUGGCGCUGCAGCCACAAACACUUGUAUAUCAUCGAAUUACUGAAAUCCACAAAUGAUCAUCCAAGAUGUACCCCCAUAUCUGGACGAAGGGAAAACUUUGCAUUCUUGGAUAUUUUUCCUAAGGUGAUUUGCCGUCCACCAAAGGAGGUUAUGGCUUUUGAAAAAGGGAGAGAAGAAAUCAUUGAAAUGGAUAAUGACGACCCCCUCAUGGAUGAUGAAUGUUUCCGGAGUCAAGCUUAUCAAAGACCAUAUCAAUACCUCACACAUUUUCACAACAAUGAAAAUCUUGACAAAUUCACUUACCAAGGCAUUGAAGGGUCUCAUGCAGAGUGUAUCCAGAUACUGCUGUUCUACUGUGGCAUACCAGAUCCUUCAUGGGCAGAGCUACGUAACUUUGUCUGGUUCCUUAAUCUUCAGUUACAAGACUGUGAAAAUUCAGACUUCUGCAAAUUUGAGUUGGUUGGAGAUACACUUCGUGGGUUCAAAAACUUUGUGGUUGAGUUCAUGAUUUUGAUGUCCAAAGACUUUGCAACCCCAUCACUGUGCAUCACUGACCAGAGCCCAGGGAGGCAACAAAUAGACAUUAGUAGGCCUAAUGAAAGAGAUUUAGCUCCUUUCCUCAUCAGAAAAAGGUGGGAGUCUGAGCCACAUCCAUACAUCUUUUUCAAUGAUGACCACAUGUCCAUGACUUUCAUUGGGUUUCACCUUCAGCCCAAUGACCAGAAUGGGGUUGAUGCCAUAAAUCCCUCGACAGGAAAAGUGAUAAAGAGAAACAUCAUGACUCAAGAGCUGUACAAUGGCUUAAAACUUCAGAGAGUCCCUUUUAAUAGGGACUUUGAUCAGCUUCCUCGAGCUGAUAAGAUUGAGCAUCUAUGCAGUGUGCUUGGCAUCAAAUGGCCAACAGAUCCUGAUGAAACAUAUGAACUGACAACUGAUAAUAUCCUCAAAAUGAUGGCAAUCCAUAUGAGAUUUAGGUGUGGCAUCCCAGUCAUUAUAAUGGGUGAAACAGGAUGUGGUAAGACACGGCUCAUCAAGUUUAUGUGUGAGUUGAGAAGAUGUGGAGCACCAGCAGAAAACAUGAAACUCGUCAAGGUUCAUGGAGGAACUACCUCAGAAAUAAUAUAUGAGAAAGUGAUGGAAGCAGAAAUUCUCGCAAGGGCCAAUAAAGAGAAUCAUGAGUUUGACUCGGUUCUUUUCUUUGAUGAAGCAAACACCACUGAAGCAAUAAGCAGCAUCAAGGAGAUCCUUUGUGAUAACUCUGUGCAAGGACAUCAACUUGGCUGUCAAACAGGACUGCAGAUUAUUGCUGCAUGCAACCCCUACAGGAAGCAUAUAGACAAGAUGAUUGAGAGGCUAGAGGCAUCUGGAUUGGGCUACCGGGUCAGAGCUGAAGAAACUGAAGACAGACUUGGAUCCAUCCCUCUCAGACAGCUUGUCUAUCGUGUUCAUGUAUUACCUCCUAGCAUGAUUCCUCUUGUUUGGGACUUUGGACAGCUCAAUGAUUCAACAGAGCAAAUGUACAUUGAACAAAUAAUGCAAAGACAGGCCAAGAUGAACAUGAUUGAGAAUAGUUAUAUUCCAACUAUAACUAAGGUGUUAUCAUCAUCACAAAAGUUCAUGAGGAAAAGGAAAGAUGAAUGCAGCUUUGUCAGUCUGAGGGAUGUUGAACGCUGUAUGCACGUCUUUGUGUGGUUCCACAAAAAUCACUCCAUGUUUGCUGAGGAACUGACAACAUUCCUUCAGAGGAAAAAAAACAAGCCACCAUUUUCACCUGCUAGUGACAGAGUAAUAUGGUCUCUCUUGAUGGCCAUUGGAGUGUGCUACCAGUCCUGCUUGGAGGACAAAAGGCCAUAUCAGAAAACUAUCAGCCCAUUGCUUCCUCGUGGAUACGAUACACAGAGAGUACAAAAGGAAAUCCAACUCAUGCAGGACCUCCUACUCAAAGGUGUGCCCAUGGGUAAAACAAUAGCCAGAAAUGAUGCUUUGAAAGAAAAUUUCUUCAUGAUGGUGAUCUGUGUUGAACUAAGAAUUCCCCUGUUUAUUGUUGGGAAACCAGGGAGCUCCAAAUCACUCUCCAAAACCCUAGUUGCAGAUGCAAUGCAGGGCCCUGCAUCACAUUCUGAACUCUACAAGAGGCUGAAGCAGAUACAUCUGGUGUCUUUUCAGUGCAGCCCUCAUUCAACACCUGAAGGAAUCAUCAACACAUUCAAACAGUGUUCCCGCUUUCAGGAAAGUAAAAACUUGGAUGAAUACAUUUCUGUAGUUGUUCUUGAUGAGAUUGGAUUGGCUGAAGAUUCCCCUAAAAUGCCCCUGAAAACACUGCACCCGUUACUGGAGGAGGGCUGUGUCGAUGAUGAGCCGCAACCUCAUAAAAGGGUUGGGUUCAUUGGAAUUUCCAACUGGGCACUGGACCCUGCCAAGAUGAAUCGUGGAAUAUUUGUGGCCCGCGGAGAUCCAAACCAGAAAGAGCUCAUCAAAAGUGCCAAGGGGAUAUGUUCAUCUGAAGAAAAAGUUCUUGAAAAGAUCACACACCUCUUUGAGCCCUUCGCAAACGCAUAUAUGACAGUGUGCAAAGAAGGCAAAGCGUUUUUUGGUCUGCGGGAUUUUUACAGUCUGAUAAAGAUGGUAUUCUCAGUUACCAAAAUGUGUAAUGAGGUUCCCACUGCAGAUCAAAUCACUGGAGCAGUCCUGAGAAACUUUAGCGGAAAGGAUGAUGUUGAUGUGAUGACCAUAUUCCACAGAGAACUCAAAGAUGAGUUUGCACAUGCUAGCAUUUCCACCAUUGAGUUGGUUGAGCAAAGCAUUUCUCCACCUUGCCAAAAGGCGCAAAAGGCCACUGAUUUAGCAAAGCAAAGCAUCGCUCAAUUUUGCCAAGCGCAAGAAAGUCGCUACCUAUUAAUUCUCACAAAAAACUUUGCUGCUCUUCAGAUUCUCCAACACAUCUUCUUCUCUCAACAAAUCCAUCCAGAGAUUAUCUUUGGGUCCAGUUUUCCAAAUGAUCAGGAGUACACGCAGAUUUGUAGGAACAUCAAUCGUGUCAAAGUUUGCAUGGAGACGGGACAGACAGUUCUGCUUCUGAACCUUCAGAAUCUGUAUGAAAGUCUGUAUGAUGCUCUCAACCAAUACUACGUGACCCUGGGAGAUCAAAAGUAUGUUGACCUUGGAUUAGGAACACAUCGUGUGAAAUGUAGAGUUCACAAAAACUUCAGGCUCAUUGUCAUUGAGGAGAAAGAGGUGGUCUAUGAGCAGUUUCCAAUCCCACUGAUUAACAGGUUGGAGAAACACUACCUUGACAUCAACACUGUUCUCAGAGAUGAGCAGAAGGGAAUUGCCAGACAGCUAGAGAAAUGGGUUGAUGAUUUUGUCACCACAAGCAGUCAAGACCUCACAAAAAAGCGUUAUUCUCCAAAUGAUGUCUUCAUCGGCUACCACUCAGACACAUGCUCCUCUGUGGUCCUGCAAGCAACAGACAAUCAAAGUGUUGAAACUGAAGCUCAAACCAUUCUGAACAAAGCCAAAUGCAUUCUGCUCAACUGUGCCACUCCAGACUCUGUCGUUCGUCUGGACAAAUCCAGACUGCCAGAUGAAGAACAAGAACAGUUAAUGAAAGAAUAUGUUAGAGAGGAGAUGCACAGUUCACUGGGAGACUACAUAGCCCAUCACACACAGCAGGCAGAACAGUCCCACUUAUUCACAGAGGUCACAACGUUUUCCAGGCUACUGACUGCAGCAGACACUCAGCAACUGCAGAGGAUGAUAAAGCUUGAUGAUAUCCAGCUACUAUCACUGGACCAAUUUGACACAGAGUACUCUUUCCUCAAGAAAAUCAGGGAAUUCCUUAGCUCAGCAACUGCAGACAAAGUGCUCAUUAUCCAAACAGACUAUGAUGAAGACUCCCACAGGAGGAAUCUUCUUUCCUCAGCCAAGUAUUCAUGCAUCAACGAAAUAAACAAGUGGGACACUACUGAUAACACAAAGACAUUUGUGUACUUUGUCACCAAACUUCCUCGAAUUGAGGGGGGGACCUCCUACGUUGGCUUUCAAGGAGGUCCUUGGAGUUCUGUUCACAUUGAUGAUCUCAGAAGAUCAAAAGAGUUUGUGUCCGAUGUUCAUUACUUGAAAAAUCUACGCAUAAGUGAUCUUUUUAAAAAUCCACCUGAGGCCAUGGAGACAGAAGACCAACAUAGUGUGACACAAAGGGAUCAGUCCACUGUUUUGGGAGAUUUUAAGACUGCAAAUCUGGUUAGGAGUUGUGUUCAGAGUGCAGUGAGCAUGCUCAGAGAUGUAGCAGACAGUGGAGAACUCAAUACUAAGAGAGUUAAAAACCUACUCACACUUCUGGAUGAAAGUGUGUUUGUAAACAGUGUGAGGAAGCGUCUCCUCUCACUGCUUGAGGAGUAUGAGGCCAAAAUGCCCAAUCCAAAGAGCUGGGUUUUAAGGGAGGCAUCUAAUGUCAAUGCUCUUCAAGAAGGGGGAACAUUCAUGCACACGCUGUGGAGGAAAAUCCAAGCAGUUGUCACUCCACUUCUAGCCAACUUGGUCUCAGUUAUUGACCGAGAUUGCAAUUUGGAGCUCCUGCUGGAUAGUGGGGAAGACCUCAGAAACCUAUGGCUUGAGAUAUUUGCCAGAAAAGAUAUGCUCAAUGUACCUUAUGUGAGAAUGGAAAAGUGAGUAUUAUCUCUUGUCUUGAUGGUACAAAGCCAUAUCACAGGUGGCAGCACCAUGCGCUGCGUCAUGCCAUUCAGCUGGUGGAUCAAAGAUUUCUUGGAUCAGCUCAUGCAAACAGCCAUACAUAAUAGUCACUUCCAUGAACUGUUCUUUAACACUCAACUUGGUAGCUACAUGAUGAAAAAUGUGAAUGAAAGAAUGAACAAAGAAUUGUUCGAAAGGUACCUGCAAGAUUUUGUCUGCAUGAAAAUGAAAAUGGCGUCUGAUGAAGAAUUAAAGCUUUUGAGACAGGCCCUGGCCAGCUGUGUUGAUGAGGUACGGAGACGAAAAAGAGAUGGAGAUGAACUCUCUCUUCCUCACAUCCACAUCGCCUACCAAUUCUACCAAAGUCGUCUCCAGAACCUCUCGCGGAUGAUUUCUCUUCAGCCUGAAAUAGUUUCUCCUUUGCGAAGAAACAUUAAACACUGUCCAGAGAUGGUUUUGCAUGCAGCAAUGGCAUGCAUUGAAAGCCUAGACUGUGCUGGUUUAGAUGGUGAUGCUCUCUGCCAGCAGUGGCUGAAGAAGGUGAAGAGACUGCAGGCCUCUUUGGAGUUGAUUUGUUCCCAACAAUUACAAUGCAAAGACAGAGUUGAUGAUGUCCGUAAUGGCUGGAGGCGGAUUUACAUCCUCUCAUUGUUUGUGGAACACAUGCUGCUGGGUUUCCAUAAUGAAGAGAGGCAACUCAGAGCAAUGGUCCUGAAUCACUUCAAAACUUUAAGCAAGGUUCUGGUGGGAAAUUCAGAUGUAAAAUCAAAUACAGUUUUUAAAGCUGUGAUUGAUGUAUUGAAGUCCUGUAAGCAGGGGGCAAGUGAUCAGAUAUUCAGGUUUGGACUUCAGUGUGGGGUGUGCUUGAGAGAGCCUCAGGACCCUGUGGAGCUGCCAUGCCAUCACAUCUACUGCUUAACAUGCAUCAGGGAAAGCCUUGAUGCAGGACAAAACUCCUGUCCCUUUUGCAGGCAAGAAUUACCAAACGACUUUCAGCCACAUGUGUCUGAAGAUAUCAGGGUCUCCAUCAAGAAAAAUGCAGAAUUCAGGCAGCAUUGCGAUGGUUUCUUCAUUGAUCUUCUCUCUGCUGUGUGCUUCAAAGACAACAGUCCACCAACCAGAGGUGUCAUCACCAACUUGUUGUCCUACCUGAUGAUUGAGACAGAGAAUGAACAGAUUCACACCAAAGAUCUGUCACGUUUUGACGAGUCUCCAGAUAAAAACCCAGUCGUGCGAUCUGUGAUCCUCAAGCUGCUGCUGAAGUUCAGCUUUGAUGAAGUCAAGGAAUAUUUGCAGCAGCAUUUGUCAUCUGUUGAAGACAGCAGAUUCGUGGAUGAGGAGGAUAAAGCAGAGCUUUAUGCCUUGUACAUCAACUGCUUAGAGGACUCCAUGUGGGAGAAAAUGCCCCAGGAAGACAACAAGGCUGAAGCAUUGAGGCCACUUUACAAUGAUGAAACACAGUUCCUGGACUUCUUUUUGGCUGAAGUCGCUUCUGUUCCAGCAACAGUGUCGAUUGAACAUCUGCAGCACAUUGCACGUUUGCGUCUUUCCCUCACCAUGGCUGCCCAGCUCAUCCGUCAGUCUGAUGAAAACGACAUCCCAGACGCAGCAGAAGAUUUCAUGAACAUGGUGAUGAAGCUCUGUGAAGAGAGUGGGAAUGACUGGUACCGCGUUUACCUGAUCCGCAAGCUAAGUGAAUGGCAGGGUGUCGAGCUCGUCCAGACUCUGGUGAAACAGGAAAAGUUUGGCUGGCUUUUCCCUGCAGAGGUCCAUCAACAGAAUGAAGAUGGAGGCCAGAUGGACCAGUAUCUUGUGUAUGGAGAUGAAUACAAGGCGGUGAGGGAUGCUGUUGCCAAAGCAGUAGUGGAUGGAAAUGUUGAACAAAUAGAAGAAGUCUGUGAGACAUGCACUGCACCACCAAGGAAUCGGACAAUGUUCAUCCUCCUGGCACUUUUCCGCGAGGUUACAACUCUGUACAGAUCCGAAAAUACAGGUCUUCAUCCCACCCCUGAGCGAUGCCAAUCAUUUAGAGACCUCAUCCAGGGCUCAACGUAUCUGCAUCACAGAAAAGUUAGAGACUUUGCCUCAGCCUUGGUUCACAACAAGUUGGGAGGCCUGGCCAUCCACCCUGAUUGUACUAUUGUACAAAAUGCUGUCAUAGAGCUGACUGUCCACCUGGCAGCUGUGCUGCUCACUGAGACUUACCCUUUGUUGACGCCACUCCAGCAACUUGGUCUGUCACCUGAAAAUAUGCAGGGGGCUUUUAUACCCACAAUGCCUGAUGACAUGUUAGCUGUUGCUCAAGCAGUCAUACAACAAGACUAUGGGCAGCUCACUUGGUAUGUGUGUCCAAAUAAUCACCCAUGCUUUGUUGAUGAGUGUGGCCUGCCCAUGCAGAAAGGCAGAUGUCUGGAGUGUGGCCAUGAGGUCGGAGGGGAGCAUCAUGCACCCGUGCCUAACUUCAGACCAAUUCAGCUGCACCAUGAUCGCACAAGGCCUGGACACAUCCUGGGAGACGCUGAACGAAGAGACAACCCAGACACCCUGGACACCAAAAACAUGUCUUUGACUCCCUUCACUCUGGUCAGGCUGGUUACACAUUUGGCCAUGCUGCUGGGGGCCUCAGAGAAAUCACAGGUUGUGCAGCAGAUCAUCCAGCCACCUGUAGAGGACGUUUGUUCUUUUCUCACCCUACACAUACUAAAGGAUCUGGAUCAGCUGUCCCAGGCACUGGGAAGAGGAGCCGACAACACUGUUACAACUGUCCACUUGGUGCUCAGAUCACUGCUGAAGCCAGUACAGGCCAAUCACUCUGAUCCUCACCUGACAACAAAAGCAUCCAGAAACACCUGGGAGACGACUGUGGCUGCAGAAGUUAUGACGCCCCAGGUGAAGGAUCUUGAUCAGUUCCUGCAAGAAGCACAGGGCAGCAUCAGGACUGACUCCCGUGUUUCUUCCAACUUCAUCAUGAGGACGACUUUCGGUGAUGAUUGUACCUUCCUGACGUCGCUGCCGCAGGGCUCUCAGGUCCACAGCUCAGCGGUGUGGAGCAGCAGAGAGAGGCUCUCAUUGCUCAGCCUCACACACAUUGUGGAGCAUAGUGAACAAAACGAGGAGCUGCCUUUGCUCUGGAAGUUCCUGCAGAAGGAAAGAGAAUUUCGCCAGAUCAAGUUGCUUCCAGAUAUCCUAAUCCUGCAGAAACGUUUGGUGAGAAAGUUCCAAAAUGCAUCUGACCAGAUUGUGGGCUCCAUCAGAGAAUUCAUUGAGAAGCAAACAGAAAUGAGGUCAUGGUUUGAGAAACACAUCGACAUCUUCCUGAAAACAUGGAAUCUGCUCAGAGUCUCUGUAACCAGCCAUGAGAUGAAGAUCCCAGAUGAGUUUUGCAGUGAGGAUUUGGACCUGAACAGCGACCUGCAGUACCUCUUGCCCCGGCGGCAGGGUCCAGGCCUGUGUGCCACAGGGUUGGUCAGCUACCUGGUGGCGCUCCACAAUGAGCUGGUCAACGCUGUGGACAGCCACACUGGAGAAGACAUCAGCUACAAGGUGAGUUUGGCGGAGCUAACUGAGCAGCAUGUGAUCAGCUACGAGGUGGAGAAGGACUUGCUUCCUCUGGUUUUAUCAAACUGCCAGUACAGCUUAGAGCGUGGCCAUGAGACGAUAUCACAGUACGACCUGCCCAGGAUCCAGCAGCAGAUCCUCACCCGCUUCCUGCAGGGAAAACCCCUCAUCAACCGCACAGGAAUUCCAACUCUGGUCAACAUACAAGAGAGAGACUAUGAAACCAUGUUCGAAGCUGUUAAAGGAAAAGUGCCUCAGGAGGCUCUGUCCUCUCUGAUCCGAACUGGACUGUCCAGAGAGCUGGACUCCUACAGUGAGGUGUGUGAGGCACUCAAGAUCGUGGAGCUGCUCCUGGGAUUUCUCACCAUGACCGGUGGUGAUCCCAGAAAUCCUCUGGUCGCAUACCUCCGGGACAUGCUGAAGAUGACCGACCACAUCGAUCAGCACAUCUUGCAGGCUCUGGGUAGAUGCACUCUCAGACACUGUAUUUCUCUGUGGCAACUCCUCUCCUCCCUCAAGUCUGAAAACCUGUUGCGUCUCAAGAGGGAGCCAUUUUCUGGGUAUCCAGCGGAGUACCAGGUGCCGCUGACAGAGGAGGAGAAGAAUCAGCUGAAAGGCUUUGUGUCCAGAGGAAACGUGGACCAAUGGCUGCUAGAGAUGCAUGAGUUCAUCUUGUUAAAUCUUGGCCGCCCGCGGUCCAUUGACAUCUUCAAACCAUCCUGGAGUGUAAAAGAGACUGUGGGUGGUUACAUGGACCGUAAAGAAGUAGAGGUCCCUGCUUACGUGGAAGACAAGUUCCCUGAAAAUCUGUUGCUCUCACAGAUUGUGGAAACCUGGAAAUUCGCCGUCAUUGCCAAACAGGACUGGAUGACUAAUGGAUGAAUCUGAGUUCAGCAGAAUCAUUUCUGAAUCAUACAUUUUUGAAACCAAACUUUAGUUUUACUUAUUUUUUCUUGAUUUUUAUUUUUAUUAAUUUUUCUGUGAUGAUAGUGUGAAAAGUUUCCUAAAAAGCACAAUCAAGCCUAUGGUGACGCACAUUGCCUUUAAUAUUACAGUUUGUUUAGCAGCUAAUUAUUUACUGCCUGGCAUCAGAAUAAUGGAAAUAUUUUGAAUAAUUACUGGAAGAGUCUCAUAAAAAGAAAAA